AUGAAGAGUCCAUCCAGAGAGGAAGAGAACAGGAUAUUGAGAAGCAGGGCCAGAAUUUAUGCUGAGGUUAUUACAACCAAACCCCAAGAUUACUGGGAUUAUGAGUCCUAUGAGGAGCAAUGGGGAAAUCGUGAUGACUACCAGCUCAUUCAAAAGUUAGGCCGAGGAAACUAUAGUGAAGUAUUUGAAGCCAUCAAUAUGACAAAUAAUAAGAAAUUUGCCAUUAAAAUACUCAAGCCCAUAGUGGAGAAUAAAGUAAAGCGUGAAAUUAAGAUUUUGAAGAAUCUGCAAGGUGGCCCCAACAUCAUACAUUUGGUAGACAUGAUAAAAAGCCCUAACUUAGGAGCCCCUGCCUUGGUGUUUGAACAUGUAAACAACAAAAGCUACAAGCACUUGUACCCAAUAUUAACUGAUUAUGAUAUCCGGUUCUACAUUUAUGAGAUUCUAAAGGCCUUGGACUAUAGUCAUAGCAUGGGGAUUAUGCACAGGGAUGUGAAGCCCCAUAAUGUCGUGAUUGAUCACGAACACAGAAAGCUACGGUUAAUUGACUGGGGGUUGGCAGAUUUUUACCGUCCUGGUCAAACAUACAAUGUCCGGGUGGCUUCGCGAUACUUUAAAGGUCCUGAACUGCUCCUAGAUUAUGAGAUGUAUGACUAUAGUUUAGAUUUAUGGAGCGUGGGCUGUAUGCUGGCAAGUAUGAUCUUCCGCCAGGAGCCAUUUUUUCGUGGUCACGAUAAUUAUGAUCAGUUGGUGAGGAUAGCCAACGUUCUGGGUACAGAAGAUCUGUAUAGUUAUAUUGACAAAUACAAAAUUGUAUUGGAUCCACAUUUCAAUGACAUCUUGGGCACACACUCCCGGAAGGAGUGGCAGAGCUUUGUUAACAGUGAAAACGAACACCUUGUCAGCCCAGAGGCCUUUGAUUUUCUAGACAAAGUGCUAUGUUAUGACCAUCAGUUACGCCUUACUGCCAAAGAAGCCAUGGAACACCCCUAUUUCUAUUGUGUGAAGAACCAAGUGCAGACGGGUUUAGCUAGCGAUGCAGAGGGCAGUAUGCCUGUCCUUACAGGCAGUGCGAGGUCAGAAGCUUCUUCAGUGCCAUCAGCUUCAAAUCUUCAACCUGUUGCAAGCGCACCAGUGAUUGCUGCUUCGCAGCCCCUGGGCCCCUGA